GACGCCUUCAUGACUCUGAAGGGCAGCUUCAGGCUCCCCACUGUCAGUGCUGAUCGUGCAGCAGUGAAGGAGGGGAGGCAAACCAUGGCGCGGUGGUGGCAGUGGCACGGGUCCGACUACCCUGAGCUUUCUGCACUGGCAUGUCGGGUGCUCUCACAGCCGGUUUCAGCAGCCGCAUGCGAGCGCAACUGGGCAGCGUGGGAGGCGAUCCACACUGCCAAGCGCAACCGCCCCAGUGCCGAAAAGUGUCGGGACCUGGUCUUCGUGUCCCACAACUGGAACCAGGUCCACAACUGGCACAAGGAGGACGGGGGGUCCCUGGUCCUUCCAGGGACCAGCUCUGAGGCCCUUGGGCUGGGCGUGCUGGUGGUGGACGACACGGGCGUGAACCUGGUGGUGGCCCGCCGCACUCUGAGUCGAUGCGGCGCCGCUGUGGCCACGGCAGGCAGCGGGGAGGACGCAGUGCGGCGGUGGCUCUGACAGCAGAUGUGGAUGAGGAGAUUACUCGGCGCUGCCUUGCGAAUGGCUUUGAUGGCAUUCUGCAGAAGCCAGUCGACCCCAAGCUGC